GUCGAUACUGUGCGUAAGUGCUGCUAGGGCAAGGCCCACAGGUUUUGUCCCUGUCCUUCUCGUUCUCCUCCCUUCCAUCCCUUCCAGUCUCUCCACAUUGCGACACACACAUUUUCUCCAGCCACGCCCACCCUUACUGGCUCCCACCACUUCGUAGUGAGCCUUCUGGGCUCUUGACUCCCAAUGGAAAUGUAAUUCGAUGUUGUGCGUCUGCUUCUCCAAAAGCCCUCUUCCUGGGCCCCUUUCCCCUCCUCUGUUAAGAUGUUGUAGACCUUCCAUCCCCCCUCCCAUCUUAAACUUCUUGCGUAAACCUAUCUUCUUCCGAAGCAACCGCUUGAUCGUCUUCUCUUCUCGUCUCUGUCCCUUGUGCAAUCGUCUUGAACGCUUUGUUGUAUUACGGAGUGUCCGUUGCUGCGCCUGCUUGCCCAGGUCCACGCUACCGUUACCAUCAUCUCAUCUGAAUUCCGUGCACCUGCAGCCGCUCCGUCACUCGCCCAGCGACUCAACAACGUCAUUCGUCCAUUGGGCUGUUUCAGUACCACCCUUAGCAAGCCCGCACCAAGAUCCAAGAUCCCCUUGUCAGCGGAUACCGCAGCCCACACCCCCUGGUCGACAAUUUUCCCCUACCGGUACCCUCGUCCCCGCGUGCCCCCGAUUGUUCCCAAGACCAAGGCCCAAACAAGGCAAGGUUAAGAAAAAAAAGCUCGUCUUUUUUUCCUACUGUCUCCCGCAUUACGACUCAUCCCACGACUCUCUUUCUCGUUUCCCCUCAUCCAUCUUUGUCCUCAUCACGGUUUUCACGGAUCUUCCCUUGCGCGUGUUUCGGAAAUUGGCUGUGACAGUUACUGUUGUUUUUGUUGGCGCCUAAAAGUGAGUUUGCUUUCUUUCAUUUCCUUAUUACUCGUCGAUUCCUUGCACAUUUGUUGGUACUCGUGGUUGGUGGAGGGAGGUUUGUGGGAUUGGGCCGGACAUCAGCUUCAACGACGCUUCAUACGCAUUGCGCCCACCGCCAGCGACAAUUUUCAGCUCGAAAACAUGACCAGCUCCAUGGAUCUUUGAAUUUACUUGGGUUCGAA